UGAAAAUGGGUUGUGCAAGGUCAAAGGAAGAACCAUAUUGUAUCAGAAGGAGAGUUAACCAGGUCAUCUCUGAAGAAAAAAUCAAUGAUAAUUGAACUAGGCUUAAGUUUUUCACAUUGCCAACAAGCACAAAGAUAGGAAGCUCCACUUCGAACACGACUAAGAUCAACUCAGAUUUGUCUAAGCUAAAGGAGUUGGCCAUUUCUAAUUCAAAGGGAUUACCCAAAGGAAGAAAUAUUUCUAAUAGUAUGAGUCAAGGGCAAAAUCUGAACACAAUUGAAGACAGCCAGCUUUCAGAAAUGAACAACUUUUUAAUAUCCCAUCCUCCCGACAAUUCCAUAUUAGACAACUGCUAUCUAAUCAAAGAAAAUCCUGAUGCUCAGAUUCACAAAGUCGAAAUCUUCGGUACCAACUACGUCGAAGCUAUCCAACUCGAGCACAUUAUCAAAAACUCACUCAACGAAACCAGAACAAUUACCUCCUUCGCCUGUGGCUCUCGCUUCGACAUGAAGAAUAUGACCAAACCUGCCUGUGAGAUUACUCUAGGGGCCACUGAAGUUAUUGACUCUAUUACUCUGUGCUGUAAUGUUGGUACAAGAAGAAUCAGAGGAAUCGUAUUAGGCACUAAUUCUGAAAGAUGAGCUAUAAUGGAAGGAGAGAUUGAAGCAGAGAAGUUUGUUGACUUGCCAGAAUCUGCUAGGGUGGAGUCUGAUGUGGAGGUAAUGUCAGAAGAGCAGUUGUCGAGUUGUAGGGAUGUUAAUUUUGGACAUCUUUCUUCGAGGGAGAUUAGUUUUACAGAGUCGAAUGCUCCGAAGGUGGAGUCUAGGAGAGGGGAUAAGCCGUAUAAUGAUGAUUAUUUGAGGCUGUCGAGUAGAGAGAAUAAUUUCAGAUACCAAAUCAUGAAUUUAUAUGAAAUGAACCGCCAUUUGAUAGGGCUCAAAUGAAAAUUUGAAGAUUAUUUAGUGGACUUUGAAAUAUACCAGACGGACAUUUACAUUGAUGAAAUGAAUUAA